ACCACAGCCGGAAGUGGUGCCGGAAGCGGCUGAGUCUCCCGGUGACGCUGUAGCCCCGCUUCUUGACUGGAUUUCAGGGCUGGGAAAGAAGAGUAAAAACUGGAUGCUUUCCUGCGCCUGACAACUCGCACAGUGCCCGCCGAGAAGGCGCCCAGAGAUCUGAAGAGAUUCACUGCGGUGGAGCACAGCUAGCCUGAGAUUGUGUGCUACUCGCCACAGCAAUGUUCGGGAGAUUGACCCUUCCACAACUGGUUUUUGCUGUCGUCCUUGGAAUUGCUGGAGGAGUAUACAUUUAUCAGCCAAUAUUUGAACAAUAUUCCAGAGAUCAGAAGGAACUAAAAGAAAAGGUGAAAUUGUUGCAAGAACCAGAAGAAAAGAGGAGCUAAUUCUGUAUGAACUGAAAUUGUAGGCAUUGCUUACAGCUUAUGGACUAAUAAUGUAGUAAACACUUAGGCAUAUUUUAAAUAAAUAAAUAAUGGGUAAUGGA